GUAACGUUUGCAGGUGCUGUGUUAUAAUUUAAUCCCCUUGUGUGUACAAAUCUUAAUCUUGAUAUCUCGAAAAAUAAGAAUACAAAAAAUUGUAGUGUAAUUAUUACUUGACAAUUAUUGAAACAAAAAAUUAGGUGAGGAUGGGCCAGCACGUGUCUCGGACCGACUUCGAGUGGGUCUACACGGAGGAGCCCCACGCGAGCCGGCGAAAAAUAAUUCUAGAAAAGUACCCCCAGAUCAAGAAACUGUUCGGGUACGACCCCAAUUUCAAAUGGGUGGUUACCUUGAUGGUCCUAAUCCAGUUUGUGAUGCUAUUUGUGAUGAAAGACAGGUCGUGGCCGGUUAUUUUUCUAGUAGCCUAUUGCUUCGGGGGGGUUAUCAACCACUCCUUGAUGUUGGCCGUGCACGAAAUCUCGCAUAAUCUGGCCUUCGGGCACGGCAGACCCAUGUGGAACAAGGUGUUUGGGUUUUUCGCCAAUUUGCCCAUCGGGAUACCCAUUUCGAUCAGCUUCAGGAAGUACCACCUGGAACACCACAAGUACCAAGGUGACGAGAUCAAAGACACCGACAUCCCCACRUACCUGGAGGCUAAGCUUUUUUGUACCACUUUCGGGAAGUUUGUCUGGGUGCUCCUGCAGCCCUUUUUUUACGCAUUUAGGCCUCUCGUGACGUACCCGAAGCCCCCCACAAUGCUCGAAAUAGUCAACACUGUGAUACAAUUAAUUUUCGACGCUUUCGUUGUCUACUAUUUCGGGGGUCGAGUUCUAGGUUAUUUAAUUUUUGGGUCUGUGAUGGCGAUGGGGUUGCACCCAGUGGCUGGGCAUUUCAUUUCCGAGCAUUACAUGUUCAAAAAGGGGUACGAAACGUACAGUUAUUACGGGCCUUUGAAUUGGAUUACGUUCAAUGUGGGGUACCAUAAUGAGCAUCAUGAUUUUCCCUAUGUGCCAGGCUCGCGUCUACCGGAGGUGAAGAAAAUCGCACCGGAGUUUUAUGAUACGCUCCCGCAGCAUAAUUCGUGGACUGCUGUUUUGUACGAUUUUGUUAUGGAUCCAGAUGUGGGGCCUUAUGCGAGAAUUAAACGGAAGUCUCGAGGGCUUGAUUCAUAAUUUUUUCACCAAAGAUUAUCAGAAACGGAUUCAAAAUUUUGUUGUUUUGAUCUCACUUCAAUCUGACAAGUUUUGUGUAAUUCAAGGGGUCAUUAAAUUAUUGUUCUAUGUUAUGUGGACUGUUUUAACACAUAUUUUAUUAUAACUUUAUAAUUGUCAAUAAAGAGAUAUUUUUAAAACUA